CCCGCCCCGCCGUGUCCGGUCACCAGCCCACGAGCCCAGAGCGGCUCCCAGACUCCUCUCCGCUGUCCUGCAGGCUCGGCUCCGUGCGUGCGGCCCCGACUAUCCCUGCCCUCAUCCUGCUCCCCGCCUCCAAAGCCUCCCGUGCGCUAAUUACCUGUCAGCCGGGUGGUGUGGCUGGCGGUGCGGGGGCUGAGGGCGGGCGCGGCCUCGAGGAAAGACUACAACUCCCAUGAGGCUCUGGGGUCGCGCAAGCGUCUGUGAUUCCAUUGGCUGGGAAAGCUCUGAGCUGGGAGCCUUCAUUGGCUGAGGGGCCUGAGGCGAUAGAUACCGGAAAGGGGAAGAGCAGCCAACAUGGCGGCGGAGCGCGGCGCGGGCCAGGCACAGUCGCAGGAGAUGAUGGAGGAAGGACAAGAGCUGCCUGUGGAUAUGGAAACCAUUAACCUGGACAGAAAUGCAGAGGACGUUGAUUUGAAUCAUUAUCGCAUUGGAAAAAUUGAAGGGUUCGAGGUGCUGAAGAAAGUGAAGACUCUCUGCCUCCGUCAAAAUUUAAUUAAAUGCAUUGAGAAUCUAGAGGAGCUACAGAGUCUUCGAGAGCUGGAUCUUUACGACAACCAAAUCAAGAAGAUUGAGAACCUGGAGGGACUGACAGAGCUGGAGAUUCUAGAUAUUUCUUUUAAUCUACUGAGAAACAUUGAAGGAGUUGAUAAGUUGACACGACUGAAAAAGCUCUUCUUGGUCAACAAUAAAAUCAAUAAAAUUGAGAACAUAAGCAGCUUACAUCAACUGCAGAUGCUGGAGCUGGGGUCCAACCGCAUCCGGGCAAUUGAAAAUAUUGACACGCUAACCAACCUGGAGAGUUUGUUUUUGGGGAAAAACAAGAUCACUAAGCUUCAGAACCUGGACGCACUCACCAACCUGACAGUCCUCAGCAUGCAGGGCAACCGGCUGACCAAGAUCGAGGGCCUGCAGAGCCUGGUGAACCUGCGGGAGCUCUAUCUCAGCCACAACGGCAUCGAGGUCAUCGAAGGCCUGGACAACAACAACAAACUCACGAUGUUGGACAUUGCAUCAAAUAGAGUCAAAAAGAUUGAAAAUAUCAGCCAUCUAACAGAGCUGCAGGAAUUCUGGAUGAACGACAACCUCCUGGACUGCUGGAGUGACCUGGACGAGCUCAAGGGCGCCAAGAGCCUGGAGACGGUGUACCUGGAGCGGAACCCCCUGCAGAAGGACCCCCAGUACCGGCGGAAGAUCAUGCUGGCCCUCCCCACCGUGCGGCAGAUCGACGCUACCUUCGUCAGGUUCUGAAGCCCCUGGCCCCUCUCUUCCAAGAGCCCCCAGCCACGGUUUUUUAGUCCACCCGUUGCUCCUAAAAUCAUCACUCUAUCAACGGUCACAAACCCAAUGGCAAUAAAAAGGCCCUGAGUGAAAGCCGCCGUGUGCGCCACCUGGACGCCAGCGCUGUCCCCUCCGGCCGGUCCGCGUUCCGAGUUAGUGGCCCACAGCCCCGUGCCACCCGUGGCGCUGCUUGUGACCCGUCUCCGUUUCCUCCUCUCAGAGGGAGGUCACAGCCCGCCUGAGAGGGUGAAACAGCAGGUCUGGGAGCGCGUGCCCGGGGGGCAUCCGGGCUGUCCAGGGCCCUCGGGCCUGUCAGCCCAGAGCUUUGUAGCCUCUUAGACCAGUGGAUGCCAAUUUUUUUUUAUUUUAUAUAUUAAAAAACAAACCUGCAGGCAAAAGAUGACUCAGCCCUGUGUGCCGUGACCCCCAGCGCUCUCUUAAAGAGCAGUGGCCGCCCGCCAGGCCUUGCUGGCUGCCUCCCGGGCACGCCCGUUGGUCCCCCGCAGCCCUCGGGGUAGGAGGGGGCCGCCUCCCGCGCACACUGUGCUGUGCCGCGGGCAGGUCUGAGCCCACCUGAGUCUCUCUGCAAGGACUGUCUCUAGAGAGCUGCCCUCGUGGCCACUCGAAUACUGCCUCCCCUUCUUACCCCACCGUUGUGCUGGCUUGUUCUUUACAAACUUACAUUGACACUCACCCUGAGUGCGACAAGGACCUUGUCAUCUCUCGGGGCCCUGGAUUUUCCCUUCUGCAGAGUGAGGACCAAAUCUCAGGGUUCCCAGGAUUCCUCCUUCCAAGACUCGAGCUGCGCUGUCCAGUGUGGGGUGGGCCCCCUUGUGCCACACGUGGCUGCGUCAGUUCAAGUUUAAAUUUGUUAAAAUGAAAUUAAAAAUUCAUG